UGGAGCCAGGCCCACUGUAAACAACCAGUGACCCAGAGACAGGCAGCUUUGUGCCUGACUCCAGUGCUUUUGCUCCUGGGCACCACAAGCAACAGGUAAUUAGCCCCUGGUCUCCUGUAGGAAAAAAAUGUUGUUCUGCUCCUGCCCACUCUGGAAAACACUGGUUUUCCUAAGUUCAGCACUGCUUCUUGCAGAUUUUACUGAAAUCGGAGCUUUUGCCAGUCCAAGUGAAUGCGAAAGUGCAACCAUAGAUGAUGUGAAUGAGAGUCUUGAGAAAUAUUCAAAAUGCCUUCCUGAAAUGAUUGCCAAGGGUAAGAAAGCUUCAAUCAAUUCCCUUGUCUGGACACUGCAAGAAACACUUGAUCUCCUGCGCCCUGUUCAAGAGAAAUUUUGCAAGCAGCUGCCUCCAUGCCCUCUCCCACUGGCCCCAAGGAACGGUGGGCUGGUGUGUGUCACCACCGACAGCGCUCAGUACUGCAAACCCAUGUGCAACAAGGGUUAUGACUUUCAGUUCCUCAGAAGCAGCAGACUGUAUGAAGCAUGUGGUAAUACCACUGGGUUUUCCUGGACCACGCAGUUUGUUGGGGGAAAGGAACUGGCUGUUUGCAACCCCUCUGAGAUGGCCAUCGGUGGAGCUAAAUCUGCCUAUUUCCCCAGCAACAGCACCUGUCUGCACACAGUAGCCUUCCCUGAAACUCAGAGAGAGCAGCUAAACAUCUUCCUGAAAGAGCUUGCUGAGCAAGGCAUUGACAGCUCCAAACGGGAUGAGGAGGCUGAUUGUAUCAUCUGCGGUUACUAGCACCAAAAAGCUUGUGCCACAGACCAGCCAGCUGCCUGCAGUCUGACAUGGGUAUUUUGACAAGAGAAGCAGAGCAGUGAAAUCAUUUCUAAGACAUGUAAGCAUACAGCUUUUGUUUAGUUAAAGGACUAGAGACCAUAGUCAUAAUAUGACCUCAGCUUUGGCGUACAGAGAUAUAGAUUAAAUCGAAUGACAUCGCUCAUGGUGGAAGUGUUUCAAAGAAAGAAGUUCACUUUUAUGGCUUAAAUUUGUCUAGCUGGAAUUAAAUAAGAAUUACAGUUUUUUAAUGGAUGCAGUCAUUAUUUAAACACACUAAUUGUUAUCAGAAAUCGUUCUCUGUCAGGGGUCAUCUUUGAUGAGAAAGGGCCAUAGUUCUACUUACCUUUAUAGUUGCCAAUUAAUCACUAUUGUUGCUCUGAUGAACAUUAAAACAAUGAAUGUCAUAACAGUUA